AUGCCUGCCUACCACUCCGUCUUCCUCGAUGAGCCUAACCAGCAACUAAUCGGCAACUUCGCCCUCCUGCCGCUCCGCACACGCACCCGUGGCCCCGCCAUCCAGCUCCCCGCCCUCCCCUCAGAUGUCACCGACCUCACCAUUGAUUCCUCACACGAGUCCUACGACCCGCUAGACGAAGUCCUCUCCCUAUUCCGCGCCAACACUUUCUUCCGCAACUUCGAAAUCAAGGGUCCUGCCGACCGCGUGCUGAUCUAUGGCAUUUUGUUCGUGAGCGAGGUUCUGGGGAAGAUCAAGCCUGGCGCGAGUCGGAGAGACGCAGAGAAGGCUGUAACAAACGUCGCACUCGACACAAACUUCGCAAUCCCGGGCGAUGCAGGAUUCCCCCUCAACCAGGCCUUCGAGGCGCCCGCAGACAGGAACCAGGCAGAGGUGCUGAGACAGUACAUUAUGCAGAUGAGGCAGGAGCUGGCGACGAGGUUACUCAACAGGGUGUAUGCGGACGGCACCAACACACCUAGCAAAUGGUGGCUCAGCUUUACGAAGAGAAAAUUCAUGGGCAAGGCUUUGUAGUUUUUUCUUGAUAGCGGAAUGAAAACAU